CGGACCGCCCCAAUGGCGGUGAGGUUCUUGGUGUUUUCGGCCAUCUUUCUCUUCAUGGGACCAACGACAGACGGCAGGGAAGCCCAGCCGGCCGUGCCAGGGGUCAUGUUGUUCGGUGACUCGCUGGUCGGCGUGGGUAACAAUGAUUAUAUAGCCACCUUGGUGAAAGCAAACAAGGCUCCCUACGGCAGGGACUUCAAGGACCAGGUCGCUACAGGGAGGUUUGGAAAUGGAAAACUGCUUAGCGAUAUCAUAGGUGAGAAACUAGGGUUCAAUGGCUCUCCUCCUGCAUAUCUUAGCCCACAGGCAUCAGGACAGAAUCUUUUGAUUGGAGCAAACUUCGCAUCAGCUGGAUCAGGCUACUACGACCCCACAUCACGUAUCUAUCAUGUAAUCCCUUUCUCCCGACAACUGGAGUAUUUCAAAGAGUACCAAUCGAAGCUGAGCGUGGUGGCUGGGAGUAACCAUGCUCGAUCCAUCAUCUCAGACUCACUCUAUAUUAUUAGCGCUGGAUCAAAUGACUUCGGCUUCAACUACUACAUCAACCCUUUGUUCUUCUUGACAGAGAAUGCUGAUCAGUUCUCUGAUCGCCUCGUUGGCAUCUUUAACAACACCGUGACGCAACUUUACGCUAUGGGAGCACCACGUGUUGGUGUUUUUUCAUUAGUGCCGUUGGGUUGCGCCCCAUUGGCGAUCACGGUGUUCGGCCUUGGGAGAAGCAGGUGUGUGCCAAGGCUCAACGAUGAUGCACAAAGGUUUAAUGGGAAGUUGGGUGCAGCUGUUGACUCGCUCUCCAAGCGAUACAAUGAUCUUAAGAUUGCUGUUCUGGACAUCUACACACCAUGGCACAGCCUUGCCACCUCCCCUGGGGCACAUGGGUUCGCUGAGGCAAGGCACGGAUGUUGUGCUACGGGAUUAGUGGAGUUCACAGUGUUCCUUUGUAAUUCUUUGUCCAUCGGGACAUGUCCGAACGCGACGACACACGUGCAUUGGGACUCCAUCCACCCGUCGGAGGCAGCCAACAGAGUGAUCGUAGAUUCUCUCGCUGAGAGGAUCAACAAGCUGGUUAUGUAA